GUUCAUCUCGUUUCCCGCGGCCCGGACCUCGUCGCGAGACAUGGUCGCCGGACGGCCGUCGUCCGGUACGGUUCUUUUGCUGAAAAAAACGCUCCCGCGCCGCGCGGGUUCGCAUGUUUCGCCAUCAAGAAAAGGCCGCGUGCCUUGGCGCGUUUCCGGACGGCGCCUCAAACGAACCGACGGAGUGCGACCCGAUCCAGUCCGCCGGGCGUGACGAACGGUAAAUACACGUGCGAUUUAAUAAUUGGCCGGUAUACCACGAUGAGCCAGUCGGUUUUCAAGUUGUCAGUCGAGUUGUGGUCCAUCCCCCGUAUAAAAUAUUUGCUCCAGAAUGUUUUUUUUUUUUGCUAUCUGUCUUUCUCUCGCGUGUCGAAAUUCGCGCACGACACGUAAAAUACUUCCGUCAUACCUACGGCGAUCAACUAGCGUCUGUUGGGUCGUAUGCGCGUCCGUCCCGUCGUAGUAAUUCCCUCCGAAUUUUCUUAUUGUCCUAUUUUUGUUCCGCUUUUGGAGCACCGAGUUUCGCAACCACGUGUGUGCGCGCGCGUAUCUAAAUAAGAAUACAUACGUUACAUAUCGAUCGAUUUUUAGGUUAACCCGUACGGCCGCCGCGACCACGGACCAGCAGCCAACUUGGAAUCGCGCCGUUCGGCUGCCCUACCCGGUCGUAAUUCCGUGUGACGCGGCCGCCUCGCAUUGCCGCUGGGCCGUCGCGAAUUGCGUACCGUGUCCACGAAAAUUCCGCGUCGAUCUGCACACCCGCGGAUGCGGAUUCGUCAGUGUCGGUAGCAAUUUUCUAACACCGGUUGACGCGCCCCGGUCAAUGUAUUUAUAUGCACGUAUGUGUGCAUUUUGAGUAUAUGUUGUUCGGAUGUGUGUGUGUCGUACCGUUCUAUGCGAUAUAUGCAAAAAAAAAUCGUGCCCGCCAUUCACUUUCACUCGGUCGACGGUUUUUUAUGCCCUGUUCUGUCGCGUCGGCGUAACUUUACAUUUAUCCGGUUGUAAAUAAAAUAAUUCUUUACGUUCCCCG